AAAGCAAGAUUUGAGAAAUUGAAAUUGGUGUUAUAUGAGAAUGUAAGCAAAAGGCAACAAUAACUGUGCAGGUCUAGACACGAUUUUGGUGAACGGUCAUACACACUCCUGUACUGACUCAAUAUGAAAUGGUAAAGACCUAUCUAGGAUGAAAGCAUGUACAUGCAACCAUGGACAACAUGUCCUAGACAAGCAAGACCGAAAUAUCUGUCAUGUGGCCAUUGACAACAUGCCUUGGACAUGCAUGACCGUGACAUCCUCCCCCACUCAAUUGGUUGACGUCCCUGUCAACCGACUCAAACAAGCAAGACUGGGACAUUUGUCAUGCUUUAAGCAAGCAUGACCGUGACAUUCCCUGUCAACCAACUCGGACAAGCAACCAACUCGGACAAGCAAGACUGGGACACCUGUCGUGCUUUAGGCAAGCAUGACCAUACCAACGAACAUCAAAUAUUCUUUUAAGAUUGAGGGGUAACACUAUACCAACUUAUAAAAAAUGAUGAAGUUUGGUUUAUAGUAACAAACAUAACCCAAAUUUUUUUUUUCUUUUUUUAUCAUUCCCGAAAAUUGAGUUAUUUUAUAUGUUCUAUAUUGCCCCACGUCCAUAAAUCCCAAAUCUCCUUCUUCCUUUCCCCCCCCUUUUUUCAUUUCCAUCCAAUUAAUAAAAUAAACAAAACAACACAGAAAAUCACAGCAGCAGAAGAAAUAGGAAAACUUCCUUGUUCUUCCUCUUAUCCCACAGAGCUCCAUUGAUGAGCUGAUCAGCUUCCACACAAUUCUUCUCUCUUCUUUAUGAUGCGCGCCCAUCUCACCUUAUGGCCGUCAUCUUCAAACCCAUCGCCUUAUCUUUCUUCUCUCCAUUUCUCUCCUCCUCUCUCCUCCUCCUCUUUCCUCUUCAGCUUCACACCCAACAAGCGCUUCCACUUCCUCAAGACCUGUUCCUCUCUCAAGCAAUCCAAGAAGCCUUCUCUUCAGAAGACUCCCACUACCGCCCCUCAGAGUUUCAAGUGGCUCUUUAGCCCCAAGUCCGACGACGAUGACGCCGCCGCCGCCGCCGACAAAGGGAAUAAGGACGCCGAGGACGAUACUGCUCUUAAGGGUACCCUUUUGGCCGGUGUGUUGCUUCUUGGGAUUAUUGGUGGAUUUGCAUUUGCUGGAUAUGUUUACAAGGAUCCGAUUAAUGCGUUCUUGAAUCAGUUCUCCACGUUUAUUGACGGAUAUGGUCCAGCAGGAUAUGCUUUGUUCGUAGCAGUGUAUGCAGGAUUGGAGAUCCUUGCAAUUCCCGCCAUUCCAUUAACAAUGUCAGCUGGACUCCUGUUUGGCUCUGUAAUUGGGACGGUUAUAGUUUCUAUUAGUGGAACGGUUGCUGCAAGUGUUGCCUUCUUGAUUGCUCGGUAUUUCGCUCGUGAGCGUAUUCUUAAGCUUGUAGAAGGAAACAAGAAAUUUGCUGCCAUUGAUAAAGCCAUUGGAGAAAAUGGUUUCAAAGUAGUCACCCUCCUACGUUUGAGCCCUUUGCUUCCAUUUUCUCUUGGAAACUAUUUAUAUGGACUCACAUCUGUCAAGUUUGUCCCCUAUGUGUUAGGAAGUUGGCUGGGGAUGCUUCCGGGAACGUGGGCUUAUGUGAGCGCGGGUGCGUUUGGACGAGCAAUUCUUCAAGAAGAAUCUGAAGUUGGUUUGCUAGGAGGAAAUGGUCAGCAGCUAUGGACGCUGGGACUCGGAUUGUUAGCAACCGCGUUUGCUGCUGCAUACGUUACACGAUUAGCCAAGGAUGCUAUGAAGGAUAUUGAGUAGACAUGUCCCCUUGAGGAAUGUAGUAGGUAUAAAUUAAAAUUCAUAAUUGAAUUUUUGAAGAAAUUGGCUAAUUCUCUGUAUAUUUUGUACUUGUCCAAUUUUCCUGCUGCUCAUAAUGUACAAUAUUUACCAUAAUCAAUAUAAUUAACUAAUCUCUAAUU